UCCUUUUCACAUAAUUAUGUUAGUACAGUUCAUAUUAAUUGCUGGAAGAUUAUUAAUCAUAAUAAGUGUUGUUUGUAAUGUUUGAGCUGGCUAUGUUUCAUAAUCUUGAGCCAAGCUAAGUCAACAUCAGUGGUUUCAAGUUGGUUCAGAAAGGGGAGAUGGACUCAAUUACAAAUAAUGCAUAACCACCCUGAGGCCAUGCGAUUAUUAAUUUUUUAGAGAGGGUUGGGGGAAGAGAUAAGGGCAUGGAAGCCAGCUAACCAUGGUAUAUGACUGGAUGGAGACCUGCAGAGGGUUUAUCUGAUUUUCAUUUUAGAUAGUUGCCUUGGUAAGAAUCAGAGUGCUUGGCCUGUAUGCUUCUAUUUGUGGGGACGGUUCAGAUUGAUGAAGCAACUCUGCUUAUAUAUCUGCAUUGAUUGCUGGAUAAGCCUGGAGACUAAAGACAUAAUGAGGUUCAUUUGUAUAAUAUUAUAGAGAAAACAGUAUUAUAAUGAAAACAUUAAAAAUAAUGUCACUGGUUGUCCAGGGUUCUGGGAAAUUAAUGUAGUAGAGAUUUUCCUUUUUUUGACAAGAUGUAGUUGUCAAUCUGAGGUCUCUAAAAAGUUGGAAUAAUGUCUACCUGUUUCAUUUUUAGACAAAUAAAAAGUAAUGCUGUGUGGCUUAUCAGUCAUUGUAGCUUGAAACAUCAUCCCCAGAUCUUGUCUUUUUCCUUCAAAUGAAGAUGAGAGCACAGAUAAGUGGCAUAGAAGGGGCUAGAAUCAGACUGCAGGUGGACUAAAUCACCUUUAAUACUGAUUGUACUUAAUGUCCUUUUGAAAAUGAUGUCUUUUGUACAAGUGUUUUAUUCACAGAAGUUGUGAAGUGAACAAAGGUGCAUCACAUUUUGAAUCACCCAAGCACAUGUCCUUUUUCAAGAAAAUAAGAUACUGCAAGUUCUCAAGUGAUGUGAUAUUGUUACCACUUCAAUACUAGCCACCCGUGGGAAACUGUUACAACAGCUGCAAUGCAGAAAUACCCAAACCCUAUGAACCCAAGUGUGGUUGGAGUUGAUGUGUUGGACAGACAUAUAGAUCCCUCUGGAAAGUUGCACAGCCACAGACUUCUCAGCACAGAGUGGGGACUGCCUUCCAUUGUGAAGUCUCUUAUUGGUGCAGCAAGAACAAAGACGUAUGUGCAAGAACAUUCUGUAGUUGAUCCUGUAGAGAAAACAAUGGAACUCAAAUCUACUAAUAUUUCAUUUACAAAUAUGGUUUCAGUAGAUGAGAGACUUAUAUACAAACCACAUCCUCAGGACCCAGAAAAAACGGUUUUGACUCAAGAAGCUAUAAUCACUGUGAAAGGAGUUAGCCUCAGCAGUUACCUUGAAGGAUUGAUGGCAAGUACGAUAUCCUCCAAUGCUAGUAAAGGCCGAGAAGCAAUGGAAUGGGUAAUACACAAAUUAAAUGCUGAGAUUGAAGAACUGACAGCCUCAGCAAGAGGAAGCAUACGGACUCCAAUGGCUGCAGCAGCAUUUGCAGAGAAGUGAUAGUGAAAGUUGGUAGGCAACGUCGGGUACUCCAGCUCUCUCCAAGCUGACUAUAUAUUUAUUUGUUAUUUAAAAAAAUGCAACUAUACUUUAGGUAUUUUUUUUUCUAAGUUGGUAUAAGGCUAUGUGACUUGAUCAAAACAGAUGCAGGGCCUGUAAAUAAAACGGAUCAUCUGAAAUUAAUGUUGUUUGAAAUUAACUAUCUGAUUUUGAGGGUUCCAGUAUUUCUGUGAAAAUUCAACAAGAAUUCCUUGGAAAUGAGUACUGAUAUUGAAUCUUCUUAAGGUAGGAUUUUCACGCUUUUCAUACACUGGAACUCCACCUGACUUUGGACCAACCCCAGAACACAGCAGAGCCCACUGCCCUGCUGCUGUAUACUUGAACAGCUUGCACAAGGGAACUCACCUAAAAGGAGAAAUUGUGUAGUUUUAAAAUAUAUUUUGUGUAAAAUAACUUGCUCUGCUAUAAACCACCAUUAAAAACCAGUGUUUUGAUUUGGUACUUAAUAUUUUUGGAGUGAAAAUUAUCACUAAAGUAACAUGACUCCAACAAAAGUCUGGUUUCAUUAUAUUAAAGAGUACUGUAUUGAUUUGCCAAAGUUUUGUAACUUAGUAAAGGUAUUAACUUCCUUGGAUUUGUACUUUAUGAUUUAGUAUGCUGUACCGUGGGCUGGUUAUGUUAACUGAAAAAAAUAAAGUCAUUACCUGAGUUUUGCAGCGCUCUAACUUAAACAGAAGAACGGCUGUUCACAUCUUUUAGCAUUUCACAUUUGCCUAACUUAAAAAUUGCCAUGUGUCAAAAUCAUGGUUUUGUAAUUGCUAAGACAUGAUAUGUCAGGUUAUUUGAAUAUAAUUACUUUUUGAAGUAAUUGUGACCACAAAACAUCUUUUUUACAUUAAGGAGCUGUACAUCAUUUGAAAUUACUCAAGUGAUGUCUUGCUCUGAAGCAUAAACCCCAGGUACUGAAUGUUUUUAAUAAUAUGGUGCCAAUGCAGGGUUUGGGGGUGGUGGGAAAGAACAAGGAUAAUGGUGGGGGGAGGCUUGGCCUGAAACCAACCACUGAGUGAAUUGCACUGCAGCUUUUAUUGAUGGGAAUUCUGUGUUUGGGAUGUCAGAGGGCAGCUUGCAAACUGAAAAUCCAAUAAAUGUACUUUGUUUUCUAUUUUGUAGCAGCCAAUUAGUAACCACUAAAUAAUAACUUUGACAUUUGCAAUUGUUGCAUAGAGAGUAUUUUUGCUACAAGAUGAUUAGCUCUUGCCUUUAUUUUACAGUGCUUAGUGUGAUAAACUUCUAGUCCUGUUUCCUAUCAGAGACCAGUUAAUAUAUGUACAUAACCACAGAAAUAGUAUAACCAAACUAUUUUUAAAUUAUCGUUUUCCUACUUAAAAAUUGUAUAGCUUAAGACUUUUUAGGACAUUUGUAAAAGCAGAUUAAAUUCAAUAAGGUUUCUGAUUUUUUUUGUAACCGGAUAUAGUUUUUACAAGUGAAAUAACAUUUCAGCUAAAUAUCGCUAAAUAAUUGAUAUUUGAUGAAAAUCUGCCUUGUAUAAUUUCUGCAAAUUAUACUUGUUCUGAAAAAGGUGUCAUGCCCUAAUAGAUUUUUAAACAAAUCCUUAUCCUUUUUUUAAACGCUGAUCUAAUUAUAAAACUAUAAAUUUUCAUUUUCCAGUGCAGUUGGUUACAUUUUUUGAAAUAGCUGGUAAUUGAUAGCUUUUACCUGUGAAUCAUAAAUGCACCGCAAGCAAAUGAAUUUAAGAGGACUAAACUGGAAUAAGUGUUCAUAAAUGAAACCCUUGGACUAUUUAAUACUAAAGUUGAAAUGUGGAUUAAGAAAAACUUUUGUUAAUAAAAACUUUCUUUUAAGU